AUGUCGGAACAGUUAGCGGACAAGCUGAAGAGCACCAUACUCAGUGACGGCACCAACAGUACCGGGAGCAAUGACGGCUGGAAAUCAAAGCUCAACCUCCCAGCAAAAGACAACCGCCAACAAACAGAGGAUGUCACCAACACAAGGGGCCUCGAGUUCGAAAACUUUGCCCUGAAGCGCGACUUGCUCAUGGGCAUCUUCGAAGCCGGUUUCGAGCGCCCGUCUCCCAUUCAAGAGGAGGCCAUCCCCGUGGCCCUGACCGGCCGCGAUGUGCUCGCCCGCGCGAAGAACGGCACCGGCAAGACCGCCGCCUUUGUCAUCCCGACCCUGGAGCGCAUCAAUCCCAAAGUCAACAAGAUCCAGGCCCUGAUCCUGGUUCCCACACGCGAGCUUGCCAUGCAGACCUCGCAGGUCUGCAAGACCCUCGGCAAGCACCUCGGCAUCAACGUCAUGGUCACCACCGGCGGCACCAGCCUGCGCGACGACAUUUACCGGUUAGACGGUUCCGUCCAUAUUGUGGUCGGUACCCCCGGUCGUAUCCUCGAUCUGGCCGGCAAGAACGUGGCGGAUCUUAGCGAGUGCCCCAUGUUCGUCAUGGACGAAGCCGACAAGCUCCUGUCCAGCGAGUUCACGCCCGUCAUUGAGCAGCUGCUCCAGUUCCACCCCAAGGACCGCCAGGUCAUGCUCUUCUCCGCCACCUUCCCCCUCUCCGUCAAGGAGUUUUCCGACCGCAACAUGGCCAACCCGUACGAAAUCAACCUGAUGGACGAGCUCACCCUCCGGGGUAUCACGCAGUACUACGCCUUUGUCGAGGAAAAACAAAAGGUGCACUGCCUGAACACGCUCUUCUCCAAGCUGCAGAUCAACCAGUCCAUCAUCUUCUGCAACUCGACCAACCGCGUCGAGCUGCUCGCCAAGAAGAUCACCGAACUCGGCUACUCGUGCUUCUACAGCCACGCCAGGAUGCAGCAGCAGGCGCGCAACCGCGUCUUCCACGACUUCCGCAACGGCGUCUGCCGCAACUUGGUGUGCUCUGACCUCCUCACGCGUGGUAUUGACAUUCAGGCCGUCAAUGUGGUCAUCAACUUUGACUUCCCCAAGAACGCCGAGACCUACCUCCACCGCAUCGGUCGCUCCGGCCGCUACGGACAUCUUGGUCUCGCCAUCAACCUGAUCAACUGGGACGACCGCUUCAACCUGUACAACAUUGAGCGCGAUCUCGGCACCGAGAUCCAGCCGAUUCCCGCGAGCAUCGACAAGAGCCUCUAUGUGUACGACAACCCCGAAUCCAUCCCUCGACCAGUCAACAUCAUCAAGAACGAACAGCCUUCGCAGGCACAGGAGCAGCAGCAGCAGCAGCAGCAGCAGGGCAGUGUUGUUCAGGGGCAGCCCCAGGGAACCUGGCAGGGCCAGGGCACCAGCCACAAUGGCGGGUACCGGGGUCGCGGUGGGCGUGGCCGUGGCUACCGCGGGCGAGGUGACGGCAGCGGACGUGGACGCGGUGGUGGCCGUGUCCAGCCGCGCGAAGCGCCGGCCUAA